AUGACCAUGAAAAAGUGUUAUGAAGAAGGACAGUGGCCUUUACAUUAUCUCGGCUUUGGCUAUGCAGCCCUGGUUGCUACUGGUGGGAUUAUUGGCUAUGCAAAAGCAGGUAGUGUGCCAUCCCUGGCUGCUGGACUCUUCUUUGGGAGCCUAGCAGGCCUUGGUGCUUACCAGCUGUCUCAGGAUCCCAGGAACAUGUGGGUUUUCCUAGCUACAUCUGGGACCUUGGCUGACGUCAUGGGGAUGAGAUUCUACAACUCUGGGAAAUUUAUGCCUGCGGGUUUAAUCGCGGGUGCCAGUUUGCUGAUGGUUGCCAAGCUUGGAAUUAGUGUGCUGAGUUCUCCCCAUCCAUAGUAGCCAUACCCCUGCUUG